UUCUUUUCUUUUUUUUUUCCCCCCUUAAAUUAAUGGUCCUCUAACUAGGUCUUAGAGAACACGCAGUUUGUUCUUAGCAGAAUUUUGUAAUGGAUUUUUGAGUAGAUCUUUAAGAUUUUUCAGAUAAAAUGUGAAGUCUGUUAAGAGGGAAAAAUCUGUUUAAAGUAUAACUUUAUAUCCGUGGCUCUGUAAAAAUGCCACAUCAUUUAUAUUAAAAGCAUGUAUCUAACACAGCUUAUCCCCAAGUAAAUGAAAGUUGCUUCUGUGAAUUUUCAUUGUACUUUAACCCAAACAAAAGAAAGCAACUUGCUUAUGAUGGGAAAACUGAAACAUUACAGCCUGUUUCUUUAAGAAACCAGCUUAGCCAGGGGUUUAGUGUGUUUAACCUAACCUGCUAGCGAGGAAAAGUUCUUUAAAAUAAUGGAUAUUAGUCGUAUCCAAUCACAGUCAUCAGCCUCACUAACAGGGAGGAGAUUUGACUCUCUGGCCACUAGAAUUGCGGGAGGUGGAGCUUGGUAUUCAGGUUUGGUUGCUUUGGAGUACAGCUUCAAGUGAAGUUAAUCUGAGGUGAAGCAAACAGAAAAUUGUGGAGGUUUUGUUGGAAUGAAUCUGAAGUCUGCUGCAGUAAAACACUGAAGGCUUUAAAAUGUUUUCUUGCGUAAAAGUCAAACUUUAAGUAGCUGCUUAUGAGGAUAGGGAAGGCAGGAAGCUAAUGUCUGUCUCAAGACACAGGACAGCUGUUUGCUCAUCAACCUCAACUGUUGCAAGCAACAGCAGGAAAGACAACUCGACUUAGGGAUCUGGGGACUGCUAUGCAGAGUUACCAAGCCUACAGUACAGUAGGAACUUUAACCUGUCCCUGUUCUUUCAUCUGAGUGAGCAGCUUUCCUCCCAAGUGUUUUCUGUCAAGGUGUGCAACAGAAGAACAUGGCGCAAGAAACUAAUCACAGCCAAGCACCUAUGCUUUGCUCCACUGGCUGCGGAUUUUAUGGAAACCCUCGUACAAAUGGCAUGUGCUCAGUAUGCUAUAAAGAACAUCUUCAAAGACAGAACAGUAGCAAUGGUAGAAUAAGCCCACCUGCAGCUUCUGUCAGCAGUCUGUCUGAAUCCUUACCAGUACAGUGCGCAGAUGGCAGUGUCCCAGACGCUCAGUCGGCGCUAGAUUCUACGUCUUCAUCUAUGCAGCCAGGCCCUGUAUCAAAUCAGUCACUUUUAUCAGAAUCUGUAGCACCUUCCCAAGUGGACAGUACAUCAGUGGACAAAGCAGUAUCCGAGACAGAAGACCUGCAAGGACCCAGAGCAGAGGGCCUUGUUCCUCUUGAAUGUGAUCCUCCAUCUUCAGUAUCAGAUACGACACAGCAGCCAUCUGAAGAGCAAAGCAAGUCUCUUGAAAAACCAAAACAAAAAAAGAAUCGCUGUUUCAUGUGCAGGAAGAAAGUGGGACUUACUGGGUUUGAAUGCCGGUGUGGAAAUGUUUACUGUGGUGUGCACCGUUACUCAGAUGUUCACAAUUGCUCUUACAAUUACAAAGCUGAUGCUGCUGAGAAAAUCAGAAAAGAAAAUCCAGUAGUUGUUGGUGAAAAGAUCCAGAAGAUUUGAACUCCUGCUGGAAUACAAAAUCCUUUGACUAUCUGCAAACUAAACAUUGACUUGAGGUUUUUUUUCCUAGUCCUUGGGAAUGUAGAGCACCGUAUCUUGCAUAGACCGUUGAAUCAUGCAUGUCAUCAGAAGAAUAGAUUUUUGUUUUUGUUUUGAAAAUGACUCUGAACAUUUAUUUCCAUUGCAGUUUCUGUGGCUGAAAAGAAGUAUUAUACUUUUAAGAUCAUUUUAAUUUUAGUUGAGUGCAGAGGGCUUUUAUAACAAAUGUGGAGAAAUUCUGGAGGGCUGUGAUUUUUUUCCAGUAUUAAACAUGCAUGCGUUGAUCUUGCAGUUUAUUUCUCAUUGUGUAUGUAUAUAUAGCUUUUCUCUGCAGCACGAUUCCCUUUUGAUAAGGCCCUUCUGGGUACAACUAGUUAUCAGUAACUGAAUGUAUCUUAAUCAUUACGGCUGCUUCUGUUUGUUUGGUUUUUCAUUAACAAAGGUUAUACAUAUGUUAGCAUAUAGUUUCUUUACAUCCACUAUUUAUGUUUGAAUCAUUUGUCACAGCAGAAUAUGUGCUGACGAGAUUCUAAAUUUGUGGCUUUCGGUUCCUUUUUUUUUUAAACAAGGGAAAGAAAAGCUGAGUGCAUUUCACUGCUGACUGCAAGUUUCUUUGCGAUUACUGUUCAUUGGUCUGUGUGUGCACAGUAUGAAGAAUGAUCUGGUCAUUGUGCGGUAUUUAUGUUUAUUCACCAGUCUUUGAUUAAAUAAAAAGGAAAACCAGAAAAAAAAA